UUGAGAUGAUUAAUCUAUAGUGAGUAGCAAUCAAAUAUGAGGACAGUUGUGACUUUAUUUUAACUAACACCAUUGGUACGGCAUUUAAUAAUUGUUGUAUUCUAUUUUCAUCUCGGAAACGUUAUAAUGGCGGAAAGUGCAAUUAACAGAAGAAAAUCGCAGUUAUUUUUAAAUAACAUUUCACCCGUGACAGAUACGUAUAAUGAUCUAAUCAAGAAAAAAUUGAAACGAGGAAAGUUUCUCGAAACCAAAACUGGAAUCAUCAAAAUCGCUGGAAUGUUGAUCUUAAUUUUUGCUGUAGUAUUUUUUGAAGUCCAACCAUUAUGUGACGAUACUUCCAAUUGGUAUCCCUAUCUAUUUCCAAUUAGUGCUGCACUAAAUAUCAUUGUGCAACUGAUUUUUCUAUUCAUAUUUUCUAUGGGGUUCACAGUUAGCAAACCAUCGAUCUGGAUCUACUCGGACAUGGCGGUAAUAUUUGUUUCAUCAGCUACUACUGUCGUCUCCUCAGUAGUUACCUUAAUUAGUUGCCAAGGGACCAGUAUAGAUAAAGUAUCUCAGAGUUGCGGGAUGGCUGGAGGUGUGACCUUAAUCGUUAGUUGUGCAGCAAUUUUUCUUAUGUUCCGAUAUGUAGAAGAUGCAGACCUUCCUGAAAACAAGAAAAAACAAGCAAAUGAAAGUACAGACGUAGAUCCUAGAAAAUCAGUUUUUGCCUAAAUAUUUGUAGUAAAACAAAGUAUAGGAAAAACAGGCCAAAUGUUUAUAAAUAAAAGAUAAAAGACUGUUUUAGUUGGCUUGCAAUAAUUAAAUUGUCAAGUAUAUUUGAGAAUGGUACUUCACGCCGAAACCAGUCAUACUAUUUAUUCAUGCCCUUUUGCAUUGAAUAUAAAAUAUAAUAUACUUAUGUUAAUUAUAUUUAAAAUAUAAAAAAUUGGUAUAAUA